UGUCGUGGGCUUAUCGUUAGAUUGGCCAGAUCGAGAUAUGCCCGGGCACUUCUUGAAACGCCGGCACAUCAUGAUUCGGCCGGGCAUAUCGCGAUGCGCCAAGUAAAAGGUUGGGCAGAUCGACGAGAAUAACGUAUUUGUCGAUAUUCCGAGCUAACAACACGGCGGAUCGUGAAAUAGUUGCAUUUCGCGCCGAUAGUGGCGCUGUCUUCGCGCGCUCGGCUUUGUUUACGCGAGCGGAAGAUGGCGGCGUUACAAACAAGUGAAUGUGGUGUUGAUAUUAUCAAAAUGAACAGUGAAAACGAAACAAAAAGUGCAUUUAAAGAACAAUAUUACCAUCAGUUACUUGAUUUCUAUGAGGGACAUAAAGAUUCUUCGCACAAUGUAAAAAAACCAUGGACUUCUCAACGUAUUUUAGAGGUUAUUGAACAAAUAAAAAGAAGUAGGGUGACCAUGCAGCGGGUCUCUUCGGACUAUUAUUGGAGUGCAAAAUAUGAUGUCAUGGAAACUUCUGACAAAGAUUACUUAAUUUUCAAAAGAAAAACUGCCGAUGAUCCUACAGUGCGCAUAGUCGCCGUAGAUGAAUAUUUUGAUGUAUUAACAGAAGUUCACAAAGCUGUUGGGCAUGGUGGCAGAGAAAAAAUGAUAUAUAGUAUUAAAAACAAAUUUCACAUACCGAAAAAAGCUAUAGAAAUAUACAUUAAAUUGUGUGCAGUGUGUGAAAUGAAACGUUCCAUGCCAAAAAAAGGUAUAGUGACAAAACCAAUUAUAUCACCAGAUUUCAACUCACGAGGUCAGGUAGACCUUAUUGAUUUACAAUCAGCUCCGGACGGGGAAUACAAGUGGUUAAUGAAUUAUCAGGACCAUGCUACCAAGUUUCUACACUUGAGGCCAUUGAAAUCUAAGAGGGCUGUGGAGGUGGCGUUUGAACUAUUUAAAAUAUUUUUGGAGUUUGGUGCACCAUUAAUUUUACAAUCUGAUAAUGGGAAAGAGUUUACAGCUCAUGUCAUUGAAGAACUUGUGCAGUUGUGGCCAGAAUGCAAGAUCGUUCAUGGAGGCCCUAGACGUCCUCAAACGCAAGGAAGCGUCGAACGUAGCAACCAAGACGUAGAAAACAUGUUGCGUUGUUGGAUGAAAGAUAAUGAUUCUGCUAAUUGGUCUGUGGGUUGCUACUUCGUACAGUAUUAUAAAAAUUCAUCUUUUCAUCGUAUAAUUGGUAGAUCACCCUAUCGUGCCUUGUUCGGUUCUGACCCCAAAACAUUACUGAAAGGUACUAAUAUCCCGGACAGUGUUAUUUCAUCUAUUCAAACUGAAAAGAAGAAUACUACGACAACCUCGAUGGAGAUAAUCUUGCCUGAAGGGACAAAUGUUGAUGGCUUAAGUAGUAAAGCACUAACGCUUGAUGAUGAGAUGGUUUCGGCCAAAGUGAAUAUUUCUGAAGCAUUAAGUGUACAGGAUGCCCCAACAUGUAUAAAUGCGGCACCGGCGCCUGCCAAUAUCGCAGACAGUGUUAUUUCAUCUAUUGAAACUGAAAAGAAGAAUAUUACGACAACCUCGACGGAGAUAAUCUUGCCUGAAGGGACAAAUGUUGAUGGCUUAAGUAGUAAAGCACUAACGCUUGAUGUUGAGAUGGUUUCGGCCGAAAUAAAUGUUCCUAAAGCAUUAAGUGUACAGAACGUCCUAACAAGUGUAAAUUCGGCAACAGCGCUUGCCAAUCAAGAUCUGAAAAUAGAAAAUAUUGAAACCGCCGAACAAAAACUUGAAGCAACUAAUUGUUCACCCAGAAAUGAUACGUCCUGUAUAGAAGAUUUAGCUUUGCAAACUGUUAACAGAGCUUCUACUAGCAAAGAUGUUUUUGUCGUUUCAAUUCAAGGGGUUUCAGCCAGUAGCGACACGUCACUAACGACUAAGAAAGCCGACUGCAAUACGCAGAUUUGUUUGAAUUGCCUUCUUGAAGCCUAA